AUGGAUGUUAGAGCAAUCGCCUCUCUUUUCCCUUCGCACUAUUUCAGACCGACGUCUCACAGGCCCCAUGCACACUCACGUCCACCACACCAUCCCAUACAUACACACAAAACUCCACCAUAA